GGAGGGAAAACAAAUAGUAUUCAGAAUGACUUCUUAUUGCCUCACGUUUCUGCUGUGCAUCACUCUUGUAUCCAAACUGAAUGCUAAUUAUGUUGACAAAUUGGAGAAUCAAGAUACCCGGAGAAGCAAUGGAUACGAGAAAAGAGGCAGUGGAUGGCACUCUAGGCUAGCAGCUUGUCGCUGUGGACUCAAGACUUGUGAAGGGCAAGUAAUAAACUUAAAUCAAGCUUGCAGAACUGCCCAGGAAAACGCUAACGAAACUAUCACCAGUUUGACUAAAGACCUGAACAGCGCCAAUGAAACUAUCACCAGUUUGACUAAAGACCUGAACAGCGCCAAUGAAACUAUCACCAGUUUGACUAAAGACCUGAACAGCGCCAAUGAAUCUAUCACCAGUUUGACUAAAGACCUGAACAGCGCCAAUGAAAAUAUCAGCAAUUUGACUAAAGAAUUGAAAAUUGCCAAUGAAGCUCUCGCGUAUUGUCGAAAGAACUGGACAAAUUAUGAUGCAAUGUGCGCAUCGAAACAAGACUUUAAAAUAUAUAAACAAGACUGUCUCCGAAUGUGCCUUGCAAUUGAUAUGACGGAUAAUCAACCGGUUGACGUAAUUAAGGCAAUUUGCAAUUCAGUAGGAUCAAAAAUGGUUGUAUUGGACGCGUUUUGGAAGAAUUCUCUUUACCGAGAAGCAAUCAUUAACUACAUUGCCGAUUCGGGUCACGGACCUAUGGAUGCAUUAAUUGGAGCCAAGUUCAACGAAACCUCAGGACGUACAUAUUGGUUUGAUUCUGAUUCCCCGUUCGACUACAACGAUCUGGUCAGUAAUGAUACAGCAGGAGGCAACAACACGUGUGUCGCUUUGAAACACGCCACGCAGUAUAGAUGGGGAUAUGUUCCAUGUUCCAGAUCUCCUGGCGUUGCUGCAUGCGAAUUUUCCCCAGAGACCUGAAGUGUGGAUAUUUAUCUUAAAAUUUUAUUUUAUUUUAUUUUAUUAUUAUGUUUUUCGUCUAGAUGUCAUACUUUCGCAAUUACAAGUUCUUAUAUAUCUUCACAAAUGUUUUAAAUCGACUUAUCUUUCUUUCUGGGACAUGUAUCUUUUUCGUUUCACGAGUCUGUCUUAAGUCGUCAGUUUCAGUGAUUCUGUCUUUGUAAUUUCAGCCCAACAAGCUAAGAAAAUAAACUGUGUCCAGCCUA